AUGGCAGGAGCAGAGAUCUGGUCUGCAUUGCCGGACCUAAAAAAACGGCCCGGCUUUGGAACGGGACCGUCACGCGAACCAUAUUAUCUCUCGACUGAUCAAAUAUCCCCAUGGAGAGACUUCUAUCACCUAGUGAGACAACAAUCUGUUCAGCAUUACGGCAUUCCUCGGGCGCUUCCUCCAACUGUUCAAUCGGAGCAGUACAUCGUUGGCAAUGAGAACGGUGAAUUCAGCCGCUUAGUCCAGCAUAUAUCGGAAGCUCUGUCUGUGACUCUACGCAGCAUGAAUCUGGCUUUCGGUGACCCUCAGGCAGGAACAUGUACUCUUGGUGAUGAUCCCGGGCCUGUACCGGAUGUCACAAUCCAAUGUUAUGGUAACCCAGGAGAGAUUCGCGUGGUCGGGGAGGUAAAGACAUACUGGACAACGGAUCUCAAGAAAAUGAAGAAGGCAGAGUUUGCUCGCCUACUUGGACAACUUGCGAGAUAUAUGGAUGACUACGAAACCGCAUAUGGGUUUUUCACGACCUACCAACAGACAGUCUUUCUUAAGCGGAGCCAUACUUUCACCUUCCAAGUGUCACCGGUGGUUUAUCACCGAACCAUAUUGACCCCUCGUUUUGAGGACGUAAGCCUGAAAGAAUGCCUAUUUUUCAUAGCAACCAUCGCAGCCGGAAACAGCUGGCAAUCCACAAGGAGAGUUGGUGAACUACUUACUAUGGGAACAUGGACAGCCCAGUCUCCCGUCAUUUUUUCCGAGACAGGAAUUUCCCUGACCAGUGAGUCUUAUAGUGGAUAG